UGGGUCAGUCAAGAGCUCAGGGAAACGGCACCACAGACAACAGGAGAGACUUGCCGACUAGCUGAUAAGAAGACCAGUGAGGUGGGAGCACUGUACUGCCAGUCUCCCGUCAGAGCUUUACACACCGACCAUGACCUCUCCCGAGUACAUCUGCUACCACGACCUUCUCCUGCCGCCUGAGGCUCACUCACUGGAGAGCCUGGAGUUUGCUCAAAAUUUCUCUGUCAACGACACUGAUGUGUUUGCUGUGACUUACCCCAAAUCAGGUACGGUCUGGAUGCAGGAGAUCCUACCACUGGUGCUGAAUGGUGGCGAUCUGACACCAAUCCAAACCAUUCCUAACUGGGACCGGGUUCCCUGGCUGGAGGAGAAAAGAUUAGCGGUAGUUGUGGAUCAGCUGACAUCUCCACGAGCGAUGGUCACCCAUUUUCCAUACCACCUUAUGCCCCCGUCCUUUCUCAAGUCCAAGGCCAAGGUGAUCAAUGUCUUAAGGAACCCAAAGGAUGUCAUGGUUUCAUCAUACUACUUUCACCAGAUGGCCGCAUUCCUCGAAGAUCCAGGAACUUAUGAUGAGUUCAUGGAGAAAUUCCUGACAGGCAAAGUGAUGUUUGGAAAAUGGACAGAUCACGUGAAGAGCUGGAGACAGCCAGCGCUUGGAGACAGAAUAAUGUACAUCACAUAUGAAGACAUGGUUCAGGACCUGCCCGCAGCUCUCAGACGAAUUUCAGAUUUCCUUGGCUGUAACCUGAACGAUGAAACUAUUCAGAAGAUAGCCGAGCAUUGCUCGUUGAAGAGCAUGAAGGGCAACAACAUGUCCAACUUCAGCCUGGUCCCGAAGCAGUACAUGGAUGCAACCAAAUCUCCUUUCUUGAGGAAAGGUGUUCCUGGAGACUGGAAAAACCAUUUCACCUCGGAGCAACUCGCCCGAUUCACAUCCGUCAUUCGCAAAGAGAUGGAGGGUGAGAGCUUCUCUCUGCCGUGGAGUCUGGACUGACCAACAACCAGAGGAAAUACAGAGAGGCUGAAAGAUGGUGGUAACCUGGUGCUAAUUGAAUCAAUAUUUGUGAAACUUUGAAGGUCCAGUGUACAAGAAUUAGUGUUAUCGCCCCCGCUUAUAAGUGUGUCAGGAAACUACGGUGUCAUAUGGGCUGCUGUAGAAAAGUGUGUCCACCACAGGGCUAUGUCCUUGCCUUAAGUUCCUAUAAAAGGCUUAUAAUAUAAUACAGAAAACUAUUAUGCACUUAUGCAAAGAUACGUUCUCCCUUCUAAAUUCUUUACACAAACCAUUUGGGAAUAAAUAAACGUAGCACACACGUCUGUGCUUGUGAGCAGUGGGGGUUGGGUACCUUGAUCAUGGACAACUCAGCCCUUGACGUGUCCUUGGAUUUGAACCAGCAAUCCUCCUGUUACAUUCCUUUCUACACAGACACCUUCAUCCGGAGACCAGAAGUCCCUUUUGUUUUGGAAGGAGAGUGUGACCUUCAGUCUGGUGCCUUAGAUCACUCAGCCUUUUCUAACAUACAAGACAUCCUCAAAGCCAGUUAGCAAGUCGAGACAUUAACACAUUAUGUAUUAAUAUAUAAAAUGUAAACAAUUUUCAGAUCAUUAAAGGUACUGAUUAGAUACUGUUUAAUAUUUGGUUUACCCAGCUUGUGGAUGCUGCUUCCACAAACGUUCAGCCUAAUGCAUUUUGAUGCCACAUUAUAGUCCUGCUGUUGCAGAAAUGCUGUAAAAAUAUAAUGAUAUGUUUGGUACAUGCUUUUCAAAAUGACUAAUCCCCUGCUGCUUAUAACAUAUCUACCUACAAAAAUGUUAAUAAAAGAGAAUAAAAAUGUCAUGAAGAUUUCUUGUA